AUGAAAGGCUUGGUUGGCACUAGAUUAGGUCAAAUUCAUAAACUGAAACGACACGACCUCAAAGAAAUGUGGAAUUGCGGUGUCGAGGCGCCGCCCUUUUUCGCCUCAGUGAAUCUUCACAACGUUUCCUCGUCACUUGCGUUCUCGGUCAGCAAUCGCGUCUGUGGGAACAUUAAAAUUUUUGUUCAAACUUUGUUCACCAUGAACCCAGCGUGUGAAGAACUUCUUGUUGUUGUGAUCUUUACAAGAAGAGAUGAAGAGAAAAGUGUAGAUGACGACUUUGGACUGCGAAUGUUGGAUGAGAACAGAGUUGGCCGCACUCUGCUGCGUAAAAAGCUGCAUCGUAAUAGAGAUAGCAUCACCGGAGGUGGUCUCACAGCCUUUUUUCUGGUGAAACUUCUGAGUAAUCCCGUGUCCCCAACGAUGCAACUUAUUACAGAUAAUAUAGAACGAGCGAAAUCCGCAACGUGUCCGCGAUAUGGUCUAGUCGUUCUCUGUCCCCUACCGUUCAUUGUCAUUCCGGUUUUGAUAACCAUUGGCCUGUCGACUGGGUUAGUAUGGCAUGGUCAAGCGUUUAUGAAGGAUGAGCUCGAGCUCUACACUCCUACUGAUGCUCAGGCCCGCAUCGAAUUACGUGAUCUUGAUGCACUGUUUCACAUAAACGAUUCGGAUCCGUUCUAUGCUACGCGGAGGUACGACAUCAAACGAGCAGGUUACAUUAUCGUCACUCAUAGGGAAGAGGAUGAGGACAUACUGAAUCCGCUUGUGAUGCAAGCAGCUAUGCAGCUGUGGAGUAUUGUUCAGUCAUUGACAGUAGAAGAUCGGAACGACCGCCGGAUUAACUAUCCAGGGAUAUGUGUGAAAUUUCCAAUUCCACCCGAAUUCAGUAAAACGCUGCAUUCACUCUUCAGUCCAAAUAUGACCACACCGGAUCAAAUUUGCGUAUCGAAUCCGUUGGUGGAAAUGUUCAAACUGUUCCUGAUCUCGGAUCGAUCGUUUCUAAAUCGAUCCGUUGAUGAGAUCACUUUGGGACAACUUACGGAUGCGUUUCAAUUCGAUUCUGGUGGUAUGACGAAUCUGCUUGGCGGAGUAACGCUCGAUGAUCAGAAGAGAGUGGCUGGUGCCAAAGCCAUGAUGUUACCGUAUGCAUUACGUCAUUCUUCUCAAAGUGAAGAUUGGCUGGCGGAACAAUGGGAACUUCGACUUGCCGAUUUCCUUCUAGACUACGACUCACCGGUGAUUCGUGCCAGCUGGUGGACAUACGAGACGUUAGCUGCUGAAAGUGCAAGAGACCGUAAUCAGCUUAUCAGGUUGGCAAUUGGUGGUGUGAUUUCCGCCGCACUUGCGAUCUCCUCGGCCGUCGGUUUACUGCUCCUUCUAGGAUUCGGAAUGACCAGCGUCGCUUAUUCGAUGCCUUUUAUCGUGUUUUCUGUUGGCGUCGAUAACGUGUUUAUACUGCUGUCGGCAUGGCGAUCAUCGCCAUCACAAGCGUCAUUGGAGAAACGAAUGGAGGAGACGUUCGCUGAUGCUGGAGUCUCAAUUACGGUCACGUCGUUAACCGAUUUUAUUUCCUUCGCCGUCGGAUGUGCCACUCCGUUUCCGAGUGUCCAGAUGUUCUGUGCGUAUGCUGUCACUGCUGUGGUGUUCACCUACAUCUAUCAGUUGACGUUCUUCGCUGGGAUCAUGGUCUACACGAAUAGGAGAGAAAUGGACAACAGAAAUUGUUUAACAUUUCGAAAAAUUAAAAAAGAGACAGAUUGGACGAAAGUAGGUGAAGAUCGAAGUUUCGAGAAGAAUCACGUAUUGUCGCAGUUCUUCCGCACCACCUAUUCGGAUAUGUUGUUGAAUCCUUUCGUCAGAGCACUGAUAAUUAUAACUUUUCUAGGAUACUUGGCCAUAGCCACCUGGGGAUGCACAGAAGUGAAACUCGGACUCGAACCGAACGACCUACUCCCGGAUAACUCGUACGGGAAACGAACGCUACAACUUGCGGAGAAGUACUUUUCAGAUUACGGUAGCAGUCUACAUGUGUGGAUGUAUAAUCUCUCAAAAGUCGACUACGGUACACGACGAAUGUGGAUGGUGUUGAACAAAGAAAUUGAACUCUAUGAGCAUACGGAGUUCAGUGGCGAAGCUGAUUCUUGGCUUCGGACUUUUCUCGCUUUCAUCAAGCAAUCCGGACUCCUUCUUACUCAGGACAAUUUCGUGUACAUUCUUCGGAAUGUCUUCUUGGCUCAGCCGCAGUUUGGCAAAUAUCGGCGCGACGUUGUCUUUGACGAACGCAGCGCCUCAUUGUAUGCCUCACGAGUCCCAGUCCAACUCAGACAUGUUGGAUCAGCGAACCAAAGCAGAGCAAUGCAUCUGUUCAGAAGACUAGCUGAGACCAGUGAAAUCCCCACCGGAGUCUAUGCGGACUUUUUCCAGUUUGCUGAGCAAUAUAACGCCGUUCUACCCGGAACAUUGUCUUCUAUUGCCUAUGCAGGAGGAGCAGUGGUGAUCGUUUCUCUGUUGUUGAUCCCUGAACCAGUGGCCAGUCUAUGGGUGUCCUUUUCGAUCAUUUCAAUCAACGUUGGAAUCCUUGGUUUUAUGACGUUCUGGAAUGUUCGCUUGGAUUUUAUCAGUAUGGUCACAAUCGUGAUGUCAAUCGGGUUCUGUGUGGAUUUCGCUGCUCAUCUAGCCUAUAAUUUCGCUAAGGGUAAGAACCUCCCAGCGUCGGAUCGUAUGCGCAACGCACUCUACGCUGUAGGUGCUCCGAUCCUACAAAGUGCCACAUCCACUAUUCUCGGCGUGUCGUUCCUAGCCUCAGCCGAAUCCUACGUUUUCAGGAGCUUCCUGAAAACAAUCUUUCUGGUAAUUUUGUUGGGCGUUCUUCAUGGUCUUGUCAUCCUACCCGUACUUUUAACGAUGUUCCAUUGUUCCGGUAGCAUCGGCGACGACGACGACGAGAGCAAAACGACCAAAACCGAUACGAAGACCGCUUCAUCGUCCGCGGCGUCCUCGAACGCGUCGCCACCGAUAAAAUACCUCUCGAACCCGGAUCUAAUCAAAUUCCCACCAUCUGACUAUCCGCUCGCCUAUCUGGAAUACGGAAAAGACCUCGGCCGUCCGCCUGACUAUCACGAAGCAGCGCCACCGUAUCCGAUGCGCGCACGUCUUAAGAAGUAUCCGAGGAUUCGUGAAGCGCAUACGGCCGCUGCCGAUCGUGAAGCCGAGUAUUGCUACCAUAAUCCUACGAUGCAACCACGGUGA